AUGCCUGGGGAUCAGUCAGAUGAAUUGGCAGUGUAUAUAAUAAGACGAGGUCAACUGAAGGCACAGUUAACCAAGUUCCAAACAUAUAUAGAGGAGUUAGACGUGGAUUGUGGCAACAAUAUCAUAAAGUUAAGGUUGCGUCUAGAGAAAAUAAAAGAACUUUGGACCGAGUUUGAUUUGAUUCAAAAUAAUAUCGAAAUAAAAGAUACCGGUAAUGAUCAAUUAGUCUACAGAGAUACGUUUGUAGAUUUAUACUUCGAUGUGGUCGCAAAGGCGGAAACUAUGGUGCAAGGUUCAAACUCUGUGUGUAGUAUGAACAAGGUGAGUGUCCCAGGCAGUUAUAACGAUAUGCAAGUAGGUGGUCCUGCGAUAAAAAUGAAACCGUUAGAAAUACCUAUAUUCUCGGGAAAAUUUGAAGAGUGGUCUACAUUUAAGGAUUUAUUUCUAACCAUGGUGCAUUAUUCAGAAAUAAAUAGUGUACAAAAAUUUGUUUAUUUACGUAUGCAUUUGUCUGGGGACGCAUUAUCUCUAAUACAAAAUGUGGUAACUACAGCUGAUAAUUACUCUGAUGCAUGGAACACUGUCGUAGAGCGUUACGAUGAUAAGCGUAUACUCAUACAAUCGUAUACAAAAAAUAUCUAUGAACUAGAACCAAUGCAAAAGGAGUCAAGUGUUCGUUUAAGAAAGUUUACGGCAGACUUAAAUAUGAAUAUGCAAGCUUUAAAAGCGUUAGGUCAUGAUCCUGAUGCCUGGGGUGCGCUAUUAUUACAUGUAAUUUUAGUCAAGUUAGAUUACAACACAAUACGCAAUUGGGAAUCUAUAGCGGCAAAAAAUACAUUGCCAGCUGUAAAGGAGUUGAUUACAUUUUUAAAUGAACGGUGUCAAAUAUUAGAGGCAAUUGAUAGCUCAAAAAAUUUAGCGUAUAAAUCAAAUAAUAUGCAGCUUAAGCAAAAUAAUCGCAAUAAAAAUGACACAAUCACGCAAUUCAAUAAUAAUAAAAAAUUUAACGCAUUUGUGACUACUAAUCGCUUAGCUUGUUAUUUUUGUAAGGAACCGCAUCCCAUUUAUAAGUGUCAAAAGUUUAUUGCACUCAGUGCAAGUGAGAGAACACUAAAGGUCGAUGAACUAAAUCUGUGUCGUAAUUGCCUUGGUACGGGGCAUACGGAUGUAAAAUUGUGUUGGUCAAAAAAAGUAUGUUCCAAAUGUAAAAAAAUGCAUAAUACGUUGUUGCAUGCGGAUGUAAAACAAGACGUACAAAAUGCGUCUAUGUCGAAUGUGUCCAAUGAAGAGGUGGUGGUUAGUCACGCCGCCCGUGUUCAAACGCGCGCACAAGUGCUAUUAGCGACAGCAGAAGUACACAUAGUAAAUGCGUGUGGCGAGCUGGUUGUAUGCAGGGCAUUAUUAGAUAAUGGUUCACAAAUCAAUAUUUUAACCGAAGCAAUGUCACAGCGAUUAGGACUGGCGCGAACAAAAAUAAACAAAUCGAUAUCAGGUAUUAAUGAGGUGGUGAGCCGUGCCACGUAUGAGGUGACAGCGUCUAUUAAGUCACGUAUAAAUAAUUAUUCCACUACCAUAAAUAUGUUGGUACUACCAAAAAUUACUGGAAACCUCCCUACCAGCAAUAUUGAUACCACAAAAUGGUCGAUACCCAAAGAUAUAAAGUUGGCUGAUUCCAGAUAUUUUAAACCUGAAAAAAUAGAUUUACUGAUUGGUGCUGACUCGUAUUGGGAAAUAAUGUGCACAGAAAAUUUCAAGCUUCAUACAAUGGGUCCGUACUUACAGCAGACAAUGUUCGGCUGGAUUAUUGUUGGACCAGUGAAUGAACGUUCAUCAAAAAACAAUACAACAGCUUGCUUUGUGGUAGGUGAAGGUAAUUAUUCAAAUUUGGAAAAGGAUAUUGAGGAAUUUUGGAAAAUUGAAGAAUGUUCCACGGAAAAUACAGACGAAACGUCCGAAGACGCAAUGUGUCGCAAACAUUUUCAAGAUAACGUAUCAGUUGAUUCAACGGGAAAAUUUGUCGUAAAAUUGCCGUUUCGCGAUAACGUAGAUCAAUUAGGCGAGUCAUAUAAUAUCGCGCUAAAACGAUUCUUAUUACUAGAGCAGGGGCGUACUCAAGGGGGGGGGUUCGUGGGGUUUGAACCCCUCCCAUGA